AUGGUAUGGAUAUCGGUUUGUUAUCCAAUUGAAUAUGAGCAGACAGUUGAAGGUGGAUGGAAAUGGAAGUAUUCUGGAAAUGGCAAAAGGAAAACAAUACCUAUUCUUGUUGCAAAAACAAUUUCUUACAUGGAACUAUAUGAUAAAGUUAAGGAGGCAUUGAAUAUCGAUACGAAAACUUUUCUUUGUGUAAGUAUUUUAAAUGAAGUUGUUGAGAAUCAGGAAGAUUUUGGUGAUGAAGGAUGUUUAUUAAUUGCAUCUGAAAGUGUAAGUUCGCUCUGUUACGAGACAUCAGUAAAAAUUCUGGAACGAUUAGAUAUGCGAGUCAACCAGUUGUUUCCAUCGAAAUAUGACCUAAUAUCAAAAUUACAGUUGCUAGCUGUGAAGUGCCAGUUUGAGUACAAAGUUAAGAAGUCAAAUAAGAGCACUUAUACAAUUGUUUGUAUUGAUGAAAAUUGCAAGUGGCGCUUACGGGCAACCAAGAUCGUAGAAAGUCCCAUUUUCGAAGUUCAAAAGUACAAUGGUCAUCAUUCUUGUUCCAUGAGUGUUCGUCACAGAGAUCAUAGGCAUGCUUCAUAUAUGAUUAUUGGAAACCACAUCGCUCUUAAGUAUGAAGAUGUCAACCGAGUUUACAGACCAAGGGACAUUAUUAAUGACAUUCGUCAAGAGUUCGGCAUAACCGUAAGCUAUACUAAAGCGUACAUGGCUAAAACUUUUGCUUGUGGACUGAUUUAUGGGAAACCCCGUGAGAGUUAUGCGAAAUUGCCAGCGUAUUGUCAUGUUUUGGAGAUGCAAAAUCCUGGUACACUGACAUUCAUUCAUACUAAUGAUGAUCGGCGCUUCAAGUACCUUUUUAUGGCAUUGGGACCAAGUAUACAUGGGUUCGUAAACUCAAUGCGAAAGGUAAUUUCUGUAAACGGUGCAUUCUUGACAUCGAGAAUGAAAGGUACUCUACUCGUAGCAACUUCUCAGGAUGCAAAUUUUCAAAUAUUUCCACUCGCAUGGGGAGUAGUUGAUUCGAAAAAUGAUGAAUCCUGGACUUGGUUCUUUCAGAAGUUGCGGUUAAUAACAGGUGAUACGGAUGAUCUUGUGAUUAUAUCUGAUCGUGCAAAGUGCAUCAAAAAUGGAGUUAGAAAUGUGUUUCGAUUUGCUCAUCAUGGUAAUUGUACAUAUCACUUGCAAAAGAACUUGAAGACAAAUUUUUCACGGUGUGAUGUUGCAACUUUGUUUAGGGCAGCGUCAGAGCUUAUACUGUAA